UCGCAUAAAGCAGAAUGUAUGAGCAGAGUGAAAAAGAUAUUCAGAGCUAAAUAACGAACAGCAGAGAGUUGGAAUUACCUGCUUCUGUUGUUUUUUUUCUGAAAAGGCUAGUACAGACAUCAAGACACAGCAGGCGCUGAAGACAGCGAAACCAAGCAUGCAAGGAUAUAAACUAACAUAAAACAUGCAUUUUUUGGAAUAAGGAAACACAAUCAGCACAUUUUUGAAGAAUAUACUUUUUUCUCCAUCUAAUAUCCAAUUUAGCUCUGCAAAAAUAUUCUUCUGAGCAACUUUGUGGAUGCUAUAUUGAUAUAAAGUCCAUUUAGUGGACAGGGAUAGAAACAUUUGAACAGUUUCACUUGCUGGUGAUUGUUUUAAUCUUUUCUGGUGGAAUCUUUGACAUCAUUUAUAUUGUUUAUUUGGAAGUACUUUUAGAGAGAAUGGUGUUCUUUCAGCAAGAUCAUAAGAUGCACAGUGCAUAAACUCAGACUGUAACCAUGACCAGUAAGGCAGAAUUUUGGAAAAGUAGCAGCUAAAUUAUUUGUACAGACAUGGUCAAUGAACUCUGAUUCCAUUGAUAAAGAUUAUCAACAUGAGAAGCUGCAGUCUACAGUGGAGUUUGAUAUCAUUUUUAUGCCUCUGUUUUGGAACUUUUCCUAUGUGCACUGCAUGUCCGAAAUCAUGCACCUGCUAUGUCUCUACAGAAGUUCAUUGUACAUUCAGAUAUCUAACAACUGUUCCAGAGAAGAUCCCUCCUGCUGUGGAACGUAUAAAUUUAGGAUAUAACAGCUUGGCAAAACUAAAGGAAACUGAUUUUUCUGGCUUGAUAAGGCUAGAAAUAUUGAUGCUACACAGCAAUGGUAUCCAGGAAAUAUCAGACCACUCAUUCAGUGAUUUGCAGUCAUUACAGGUCCUAAAAAUGAGUUACAACCAGGUCAAAGUACUAAACAAGGAAACUUUCCGUGGCCUCAGCAGCAUUAUCAGAUUGCAGAUGGACCACAAUAAAAUUGAGUUUAUAAAUCCUGAAACAUUCUAUGGACUCACAUCUCUGAAACUGGUUCAUUUAGAAGGGAAUUUACUUGGACAGCUCCAUGCAGAUACUUUUAUCACAUUACGAUACAUUCAGCUUUUUAAAACAUCCACCAUUAAGCAUAUUUAUUUGUCUGACAAUUUCUUAACCCACCUUCCCAAAGAGCUAUUUUCUAAUAUCCCAGACCUUGAAAGUGUAUAUCUUCAUGGAAAUCCAUUGUCUUGUGACUGCAACAUGAAGUGGUUUGUCGAGUGGGUCAAGAACACACCAGGAGUACUAAAAUGCAAGCGAGAUAGAGGACAAUUAAGUUCCAGGGAAUGCCCGAUAUGCUUUGCUCCAAAAAUAUUUAGAGGAAAACAUAUAGAAGAAAUAACACCAGCAGCAUUAUCAUGUAGUAAACCACUGAUAGAUCCACUUCUGAAACUCAAGAAUGCAACACUGCAAGACGUUGGAGAACUUAAUCCUAUUUCUCCAAGAGACUUUAUGGCACCCAUGGGGUCUAUGAUUUUGAACUUGACAGAUCUAUCUGGAAAUGAAGCAAAUUUGGUUUGCAAUGUCCAGAAACCAACAGAAAUAUCAUCAUUAACCUUAGAUGAGAAGGAUGACUAUACUGGAUUAAAUACAUCUUUUCUAACAUACAUUGUUUGCAUUAUUGACUAUGAACACAUUCAAACUCUGUGGAAGAUACUAGCAGUUUAUAGUGAUGCACCAUUGCGACUUGAAAGAGAUUUGCUACUUACAAUGAAUCCUUAUGUUAGCUACAAAUACAAGCAGAGUGAGUAUGGGGAUGAUGGUAUUUAUACUGGCGUGGAAGCUGAACUCAGAGCAGACCCUACUUGGUUGAUGCAGAAGCAAAUAACGUUUCAGUUAGAUCGGACAGCAACUACACUCAGUACUCUUCAUAUUAAAUUUAUUGUUGAUGCUCACAUAAACCUAAAGAAUGCAGUACAAGCACAACAAAAGUACAAAUGGACCAUGAUUAAGAAACAUAAUACAACAAGAACAGAAUUUUCAGUGGUUGCUGGUGGAGCACUUGAACUGCACUGCCCUGCAAUUGGAGAACCCUCUCCAGCCAUUGAAUGGAUUUUGCCUGAUGGGAGUAAAGUUAGAGCCCCCUACAGUGCAGAAGAUGGAAGAAUUACAAUAAAUACUGUAGGAACAUUAUUCUUAAAGGCAGCUGAUAGCUCUGAUGUGGGUAUUUAUCACUGCAUAGCAACAAAUUAUGGAGAUGCAGACAUUCUAAGUUUUAGAAUUAUGGUAUUUGAACCAGAUGUUGAAGAUAAUGAAGUCAAUGGGUUGCAGAUGUUAAAAUCACUUAAUGAUCCUGUAUAUCUUGCUUGUAGAUCCACUGGAAUACCUGAUGCUUCAGUUACAUGGAUUUUACCAGAUCACACUAUUUUGUAUCAUUCUUCAGGUCACAGAGGCAUCGAUCCAAAUGGUACCUUAAAAAUUCAGGGCCUAACUAAUAGAGAUCGAGGUUAUUAUAGAUGUCUAACAGCAAAUAUGUAUGGCAUUGAUGUUUUGACGUCCAAAAUUUUACUUACAGCUGAAAGUUCUAUUUCUAGUAUUACAAAUACUCUUAAAGAUGUUAGCAGUGAAGAAGAAACUGAUGGUUCAGGUAAUUAUGAGAAAGUACAAUUUGACACAUUAAGGAAACAUGUUAAGGAAAAUCCUUCUACUAUAAGUGACUCCAUUAUCCACAAAAAGAGGUUUACAACUACUACACCUCAAAGGAAUCAGCCACGUCAAACCACAGGCAUGGAUAGGAAAAAUGUAGUGAAAAAUAAUAGGAAAUUAGGAAGAAAACGAGUCAUGGAAAACAGACGGGGAAUUAUUUCUGCCAACAGACGGGUGGAUCCACAAAAAUGGGCUGAAUUCUUGGAAAAGGCAAAGAAACAUAGUGAAACCUUAAAUAAGAAAGCAGAGGUAAGAGGUAAAACAAAGGAAUCUGAUUUUCUGAGAGUAUCUGGUGAUGGGGAAGACUCCUCCGGUGAACAGUUUUCUUCUCCAGAUGAGCAGCUAAUAGUGUGGACAACAAAGAUUUAUCCUUCUAGUCCAAUGACUGCAGUACAACCAACUAUAAAAGAAACAAGUACAGCAUAUUCUGGCAUCAGUUUGCCUGCAGUAAAUAUAGAAUCCGCAAUGGUUAUUGUUAGCAAAGAAAGUUCACCUAUUAUUAGUCCAGUCACCAUGCAGCCAACAAACACCGACAAUAACAAUUUGGAAAUAUACUCUACAGCAAGGCCAAGUUUAUAUACAACAUUCAUGCCCAGAGCAUCGACCUUAGUAGAACUGCGAGAGGUAGAAAAUAAGAAACAACAAGAUCCAGCAAUGCAAAUGAAAGCAACUGAAGUGGUUCCUGAUAUACAAAUAACAUCUUCUGGAGAAAGUAAUGAAGACAAUAAAUCUACUCUUCCUAACACCACCCCAUAUUUUUCUUUACCUAAACCUGCUACAGAAAAACAUGAACUAAUUCCAGAUUCAGCAGACAAAGAAUCAGCAGAAGCCAGUAAUCAGGUUACCUUCACUGCAUUUAAAAAAGCUAACAAUGAGAAAGAUAAAAUAUUAUUUCAUUCUACACAGAAAAUGGUGUCUCCCAGACUGCCAUUAGGAUCCAGCAUUAUAACGCAGCAGGAGAUUCAGAUUGUAAGAGAUGUGUCACCUAAAACACCUAUAUCUAAUGCAAAAACUGGAAGAAGGAGAAGACCUUAUGGCAGAAGACGGUAUGGAAGCACAGGGGAAGGUUACAGAAUAAAUGGACACAGGUACAAAAUUGUGAGACCUCUGCCAAAGAAAAUUCCUGUUGAAGGCACCACAAUUAUUCCAACAUCAUCCCUAACGAGCCCAGAGUCAGAAAGCUCUUCAUCUCCUGCAUUAGUGAUAACUCCUCUUCCUUCACCUGUGCAAAUACCUGCAUUAAUCGAAACAACCAGAGUGCUGGAGAUCCUAAAUGCAGACACAGCAGGUAGCACAACAGAACUGCAAGAUACAGCAGUAGAAACCAAUGAUUAUAGAGGACAACGAACAGGAACUACUAAACCAGUUUAUGAACCAAACCAUUCUGAGGUUAAGCCACUACAGUUUACAUCAUUACUGGAGGUUAUUAAUGAUUCAGAAGGCAGUAAAGACUUAAAAAAUAAAGCUAGCAUAAGUACUGAAUAUGUGACUAGUAUGCCUCUGAGAAUUUCAACAAGAAAAAGUUAUUUGGUAAGCACUUUUUCAAAUCAGAAUGAAGCUUCAGAUAGCGGCAUGAUAACAACGAAAAGCUCAACUCAUAAGAUUUCAUCAUCUACUAGUAAGCCAACGACUGCAUCCAAAAUUAUUUUUGGGAAAAUCCCUUGGCACCGUUUCCUUAGUGGUAAAGAAGCUCAAAAGGAAAUAUUAAAAAAACUGCGACCACCCAUUCCUAAGUCCCAUAAGACAACGAUGGUGCCCCCAGUAACAAAUACAUUAUUUCCCAGCAAAGAUUUAUCUUCAAAUUUGCCUUCAUUUUCCUCUUUUACCAAGCAUAAAGAAACUCUUAUUCCUGUUACACAAUCUACAAGACAUACCACCCAGCUAAAAGAAAAAGACCAACUCUCUGCAUUUUUGUCAUCAUCAUCAGCAGCAGUGGCAGCUGUGACAACACCUCUGACAACUACAGUUUCUGUGUUCAGAUCUUUUCCCACAAAUGGUUAUUUCCAUAAGAAACAAACAUCACCAAUUAUGCUUAAAUCUACAGUGUCGACUAUUAAAACCAGCACUGCCAAAGUGGAAAGAAAACCUUUUCAUCUUCGAAGAUCUAAGAAAAAGCCAAUAGUGCCUUCAAUGACAACAAAAGUGAAGCCUACUAGUUCAGGUCAUAGUAAAUUUUCUGAUGUGCUAAUAAAAUACCCAGACAGACGUGUAAGUAUGGCUAAUAAUCAGCAAGGAACAUUACUUUCUUCAGUGACAAAGCAAAAAGUAACUACACCUACAAUAAAAGAUACUGCAAGUACAACUGAAGUCAUCUUACCAGUUCAGGCACCACAUAUUACAGUAAAACCAGUGCUUUCAACAACUGAGCAAAUAUUUACAACUAGACCACCAACAACCAAAAUACUCUAUACAAACAAUGCUUUAAUAUUUGAAAAUGCUCGAACAGCUGCUCCUGGAGGAAUAGCAAUAGGUAUUCCUGAAGUGCAUACAGAAAAUGUACUAAAAUAUAAAGGAAGACAACUACAGACAGAGCUGCUUCAUGUGACUGCUGCACCAAAGACAUCAUCAUACUCGUAUAAAGACAUUCAGCUUAGUACAAAACUGCCAUUUGUUUUAACAAAUAUCCAUAAGCCUGUCUUGCAGCAACCUACCUUAUCUUCAAAUAUCACAAAGGUGAUGUCAGAUGCAUUAGCUCCCAAGCCAACACUCUCAUCAAACUGGGACAUUAAAUUCUGGACACAGCCUUUAAUAGCUACUUCUAAAAAACUGCCUAUUGACACGCUGACAAUAACUGCGGCACCAAAGAAGUUUGACAAGGAUGUAGAAGUGACGAAAAAUGAUAGAUCUUUGGACAGUGACGUUUCUGUAUCAAAUGUCAUUACUGUUGAACCAUUACAAAAAAGCCGACCAGCCAGACCAAGAAUACUUGGUGGGAAUGCUGCCAGCUUUACUGUUCUAGCAAACUCAGAUGCAGUCAUCCCAUGUGAUGCCACAGGAAAUCCAGUUCCACUUGUAAAAUGGACAAAAAUAGCUUCAGGGACAACAAUCUCAACCAAAGCAAAACGAGGAAAUAAAUAUGAAGUAUUUCAGAAUGGAACUCUUUUUAUUCAAAAUGCUAAUGUUCAGGACCGUGGGCAAUAUCUUUGCAUCGCUACAAACCAGUAUGGGUCAGACCGACUGUUGGUUACCCUGUCUGUGGUGGCAUACUCUCCGAGAAUCCUGGAACCUAAGUUAAAAGACAUCACGGUCCAGUCAGAAAGUAAUGUAGAAAUGAAGUGUAGGGCUGAGGGUAGGCCUCUUCCAACUAUAUCCUGGAUUCUUGCUAACAAAACUAUUAUAAGAGAAUAUGAACAAGAAAUUAGUAGAGCAACAGUUCUGGAAGAUGGGACUUUAGUUAUUAAAAACGUUGGUGUUUAUGACAGAGGUCAUUAUAAGUGUAUUGCAAACAACCCUGCUGGAAUAGAUUCAAUCACAGUGAAACUGCAAGUUGUUGCAGCACCUCCUCUUAUAGUAGAAGAGAAAAAGCAACAAAUCACUGGAGUACUUGGGCAAAAUUUGUUAUUGCCAUGUACGGCAAAAGGGAGACCUCAACCAUCUGUACACUGGCUUCUCCCCAAUGGAAAAGUGAUAAAGCCACUUCAGUUAUUGAAUGGGAAAGUCCUUCUCUUUGCCAAUGGGACACUUUAUAUAAGACAGUUGUCUGGUCUGGAUGGUGGGAAAUAUGAAUGCAUCGCUUUAAGCUCCACAGGUUCAGAAAGAAGGGUAGUCAGUAUUUCAGUAGUGCAGAGGUAUGCUAUCCCCCAGAUACUCUUUGCUUCCCCAGAAACAACAGAAAUAAACUAUGGUGGUCAGUUAAUGUUGAACUGCUCAGCUAUUGGAGAUCCAAAGCCCAGAAUAAUAUGGAGAUUACCAUCAAAAGCAAUUGUAGAUCAGUUUCACAGAAUGGGAAAUCGCAUUACAGUCCUUUAUAAUGGCACACUGAUUAUUGAAUCUGUUACAGAAAAAGAUGCAGGAGAGUAUCUGUGUGUUGCGAGGAACAAUAUAGGUGAUGACCUUCUCUUGAUGAAAGUCAGAGUUACAACGAAACCAGCAAAAAUUGAGCACAAACACUAUCUUAAAAAGCAAGUGCCAUAUGGAAAAGAUUUCCAAGUUGACUGCAAAGCUACAGGUUCUCCUCAACCUGAUAUCUCAUGGAGCCUGCCAGAUGGAACACUGAUCAACAACAUAAUGCAAGCUGAUGAUAGUGGCAGACGUUUUAGGAGGUAUGUCCUCUUUGAUAAUGGCACUCUUUAUUUAAAUAAAGUAGAAAUAGCUGAAGAAGGAGAUUAUACUUGUUAUGCCCAAAAUACAGUAGGCAAAGAUGAGAUGAAGGUACACAUCUCAGUAGUUUCUGUGAAACCCUACAUAAAAGAAAGGCAUAAGACAAAUGUAAGAGUGAAGGCUGGAGAUAUGGCAGUUUUUCACUGUGAAUCAAAUGGUGAGCCCAAACCCAAAAUAUUCUGGCUUCUACCUUCAAGAGAUAUUAUUUCAUCAUCGAUCGAUAGGUACCUGUUGCAUGUAAACGGCUCAUUAUCGAUCAGUAAUGUGAAGCUAUCUGAUUCAGGUGAAUAUUUCUGCAUAGCUCGAAAUGCUGCUGGUGAUGACACCAAACCUUAUGUGUUUGAAGUUAUUUCCAAUCCUCCCAUAAUAAAUGGCUUAUAUAUCAACAAAACCGUAAUAAAGGACACAGCUGUUAAACACUCGAGAAAGCAGAUUGACUGUAAAGCUGAAAGCAAUCCUCCUCCACAAACAAUGUGGAUCAUGCCUGAUAACAUAUUUUUGAGAGCACCAUAUUAUGGGAGUAGAAUUGUGGUACACCUUAAUGGCACUUUAGAAAUUCGUAAUGUAAGACCAUCUGAUACAGGUGAAUUUAUAUGUGUGGCACGGAAUGAUGGCGGGGAAACUGUAAUGGUAGUCCAACUAGAGGUAAUAGAUAUGCUAAGAAGACCACUGUUCAAAAAUCCAUUCAAUGAAAAAGUAAUAACAAGAGCUGGAAAGACAACUAUUUUAAACUGUUCUGCAGAUGGAUAUCCCCCUCCUGAAAUAGUGUGGCUUUUACCAAAUGGAACACGAUUCAUUAAUGGACAAAAACUGUCUCAAUAUUUUAUAGGAAGCAAUGGUACCUUCAUAAUUUAUAAUCCUACAAAGCAUGAUGCAGGAAAGUACCGCUGUGCUGCAAGGAAUCAAGUGGGCUACAUUGAAAAGCUGAUUAUUUUGGAAGUUGGGCAGCAGCCAGUUAUCUACACACAUCCAAAAGGUUUGAUUAAAAGCAUUAGUGGGGAUGCCCUACUGCUUCAUUGCCUUGCAAGUGGAAUUCCAAAGCCUAAAAUUGCUUGGACCCUUCCAAAUGGCUAUACUUUGGACAGGCCUCAAAUUAACAGAAAGUAUAUGUUACUUGAAAAUGGCACUUUAGUUGUUCGAGAAACAAAUGUACAUGACAGAGGAAAUUACAUUUGCAAAGCCCAAAAUGAGGCUGGAGAUUCUAUAAUAACAGUACCAGUAAUCGUAAUAGGUUACCCCCCUCGCAUUACCAAUGUACCACCGCCUGCAGUUCACACCAUCGCAGGAGCAAUAGUCCAGCUUAAUUGCAUUGCUGUUGGAAUACCUAAACCAGAAAUUAUAUGGGAACUACCAAACCAUUCUGUCAUUUCAACUGUACGAGCAAGCAGAUCCAUAGGAAAUGAAUUAAUACAUCCACAAGGGACCUUAGUUAUACCAAAUCCAAAACCUUCUGAUUCUGGUACUUACAGAUGCAUUGCAAAAAAUCAUCUAGGUAGUGACAUUCGAGCAUCAUAUCUCCAGGUUAUUUCAAGCAGAAGGACACUGUGAGAGCUGUUCAUCAAAAUCUCUUAUCAGUGAACCAUUUUCACUUUUGAAACACGCAUAUACAGAUACUUAAAUUAAUAAUCUGUUGGUUUUAUAUCAUUUUAAAUCACAAUAUGCUGAAAAUAAUAUGUUCUAAGAACUGUAACAUGGCAGAAAUACUGUGACAGUAUUUCUUAAGGUUAUAUCCUGAACAGAAUAAACUUUUUCAAAUGACAUCUGCAUUCGAAUCAAUUUUGCAUCUGUAGGACAUAUUUGGAAAAUCACUCCUUGGUACCAUUCUAUAGAUAAAGACAUUUUUCCUGCCUGAAUAGUCAUACCCUUAUAAUAUGUGAUGACUCUGUGUUAAAGUUUAUAAUAAAGUCUAUUUUUAUAUGCUUACUUUUAAUAGAAAGUAAUAAAAACAUGCAGACAUAAUUUAGUUUUGUUGACAAUAACAAUGCCACAUUCAAAUGUAAUUGCAUACUUUUAUUUGGAAAUACAUUUGAUGAUUAAAUAUUUGUCCAAUAAAUGCAUUGUAUAUUUGUACAAAUAAGUAAUAUGAAAAUAGAUUAUAAUGAAAGUGUCAUGUCUUAAGCUUAACACAAUGUAGGAAAACAUGUUUUAUGGAGACUGAUGAUUGCACCAUUUGAUGUAAUAAGUAUGGCUACAGGGCAAAACGUUUGAAAUACUAUGUAUAGGUGAGUUAUCCUAUUCUUUUACACUGGAAUCAUCACCUCUGAUAAUAUCUCAAUAUCCAUCAGUAACACUGUGAUGGUGUGAUCAGACAUAUUUAAUAUAAUUAUAAAAGUAAGUGAUUUUUAUAUUAAUACGGACGUCAGAGCUUGAGAACAAUAGAUCAUCUUCCUUUUUGUAAUAUUAUAAUAAACUAAUUAUCUAGAUCCUUUAGGAUAAGACUGUUUUAAUAUAUGUAACUAUCAAAGAGGAUUUGCUGAUCCAAUAUGAUAAAAUAGUAUGUUGUUUAAUAAGAAGGCAGGAAUUGUGAUCUCGGUAUACUAAUGUUCAACUGAAGAUAUUACUCAGUAAUGUGUACUAUACAUAUUUCUCAGUAUGCUGUUAUAUUAAUGUAAAUUAGUCAUGGUAUUACACUGGAGAUGGAAUAAGAAUGCUUGCAUAAAAGAAUUAUACACAAAAGCUUGCUUCUGCAAACAGGGUGGGUACCUGCUUAUAAUAUACAUGCUAUGAAGAAUCGUCCUAAGCAAUUUGUAGAAAAGUUUUUUAUUGUUGUUCUUCACAGCAACACACUUUAGUCUAAGAUACUUAAAAUAUUUCAAAUUAACAUUUGUCAUGUUUUAUUUCCUGAAAAUUAGUAUCACAUUAUAUUCUGCAACACCUUAUACCAAGGACACAAUGCAUUUGUAUUAUUUAUUUGUACAUCCUUUUUCCCCUUCCCAUUUUGAUAACAGGCUGUCCCAGUUUUAUUUUAUUUUUGUUUUAUUUAUUUGUUAUGUACACACAUUCUUCUAAGAGCAGCAGGCUGAGAAUACUGGUCUAGCACAGGUUUAGGCAAAUGUAGACCAAAAGAAUCAAACCUAGACUUCACAAUGAAGCUUAACAGCUCACUGACUUAAUCCCUUGCAUUAAACUACCAACCCACUUCCCUCAUAGCAGUUGACUUUACUCCCAGUAGUUUUGUAAAAAAUAUAAAGCUAUCCCUGUUUACCUCUGCCACCCUUGAUGAGGGUAAGCUUUUAUUAUCCCAUGCUUGAUUACUGCAUCAAUAUGCCAAUGGAAAAAAGGAUUUGGUAGAGAUUCCUCCAUGUCUGAUCAAGAUUCAACUAAAUGAAGUUUCAAUUGGAUUAAAGAAAUAAUCUGAAUCUUCAAACCUGAAAACACAUUAAAAGCAUGUUUAUAAGGUUAAGGUUAUAAGGGCACAUUCAAUCAAGUGAAAAGAAACUCUGACAAAAUGCCUACUACACCAGCAUCAGUUUGAACUGUACAAAGGGUCUGCAUUUUUUUGCAAUUUAUUUUAGUGAACUGAGUUUGUAUCUGCCACUUUGUAACCACUGUAAGAUGACAUGCAGGCAGCAAACUUUCCUUUCAAGAAAUAUUUGCAGUGUUUUGUGGACCUGUGACCAGUUUUCCAUUCCACGGCGCUUCACUUUGCGUUCUGUUAAACAAGCUAGCUAGAUCAUGUGUAGAAAGCUGUGACAUCAAUGUGCCUGAACAAAAUGUAAUUCCCUUACCUUCGAAUACAAUGCCGCUGACCUAGUCUCCUUGCAUCAGUCAUACUUAAUUUUUCGUCAGAAUGGAAUUUUUACUUUCAUGAAAUGUAGUUUUCAGUGCUGCUUAGUAAU